AUGUGGUCCAUUUUCUACCCCCUAAAAAAACCCUUGCAGCUACAAGAAAACCUAAUCGCAGAGCGGACACCGAAUGAUGGGAAGGACAUCUUCGUCUUUAAUAACUAUGCCAUUUCGCUAGUCAAGCUAUCGCAUUUGUGCUUCUUCUUCCUCCUCAGUGUCAAAAAUACCUUUCAUUUCUCACCCAGUUUGGUGUUUCUGGUUCUCUUCUUUGGUUUUUUUAUCAUUUAUUUUUUCUUUUGCAUGAGUUGGUACAGCUGUUUCCGCUUUAUUAGGCGAAUAACAAACGAGGAGCUAAUCAAUGAAGAACUGAACCCCUCCAUGCUGAACGAAAUAAUUCCUCAGAUUUUCUUCUCCGUGUGCUCCUUUUUGUUGAUAAACAUACUUUACUUCGGGCACCUGCUAGUCUACCUGAACCUUCAGAACGACGUCAUUUCGGUCCCCAUCGAAUCCCUAGUCAUUUUCUUUUUUUUUUUUUUCUGCUGCGUGUUGUAUGGGGCCCUCUUCAAGUAUAACAAUUCGGUGGGUGUCUUCCUCCUCGGGGCCAACGGAAUAGCCACUCUGGCGCUUUCCUUUUACCAGGAGAGCGACCUUUUUCUACCCUCCCUUUUAAGUGUAAGUGUAGUGUUUGCUCCGACGCGGAUGCAAAGGGGCAACCAUCUUUGCUGCAAACGCGACUUGCAAAGCGACUUGCAAAGCGACUUGCAAAGCGACUUGCAACGCAUCUUGCAGUACGGCAACAUUUCUAACAAAGGUGACGGCACCCGCGCGCAGACCGGACUCUACCUGGCACAUCUGGUUCGGAAGAACAAACAGAACAAGUUAUUUUAUCGAGACCGAGAGGGGGACUACGUACAAAUGCUCAUGUACACCUGCGCGUCAGCAUUUGCGUCACUCCUACUGAAGAACUUGAGCCUGAUUAACUCCCAGUUUCUCUCCUUCCUGUUGCUCCUUUCGUCCGCCCCUUUUCUGUACGCUGACCUGAGUCUCCAGAAUAUCGAACUGGCGCACCAAUCGAUCGAAAACCGAAUCAUGCACACAUAUGUAUCAUCCGUCCACUCAAGCAAGAAAAUCCCGGGGACGUUGAGCUAA